AUGAACAACGUCAAGGCGAAGAUUCAAGACAAGGAGGCUGGUGCCCGAGGCAUACGCGACAGGGAGCAUAGAAAGGAAGGAUCUAGUCUGCUAUGCGCCACCGCUACACAUAUCCUCCGCAGGCCUGCGCCCGAGGUCGAGUCUACCGAAGCAAUCGACAAUGUCAAGGCCAAGAUCCAGGACAAGGACUAUAGAAAGGAGGCAUCCAGGGCCGGCGCUGUACACAUCCUCUUCACGCCCACGCCCGAGACCGAGUCUUCCGAUACCAUCGGCAAUGUCAAGGCCAAGAUCUAG